CCAAAAAAUAAUGCUUGACAUACCUGCAAGACUUUACUUGUUUGAGUGUAUAGCAGGUAGAGAAAUGUGCAUAGUAAAACCAGAGGGAUGUUAUCAACAUGCUCGUUGAUGUAUAGUUUUAGAUAAAGAAUAUUAUGAGUAUCACUAUCAUUUGAUGCAAUGAAAUAUGUGGUUAGUGAUAUAGUGAAAGUGUAAUGAGUUAGUAAAAUAAUUUUAUGUAUAAAGCCAAACUGCAUAUUAUUUAUUGAUUAUAGAAUUUGCAGUUAACUGUUAGCCUGCAUGUAAGAGCUAUGCCAUUGGUUGUAAAUCAUACAUUUGUGUACAAUAUUAAGUCUGCAGUCUGAAAUGUCUUUCUUGCAUUUCUUCUUAUGCGUGUUUGCUAGUGUGUGCAUCGAUGUUCAUGCGUAAUACCUAUCCAUCAUAGGUGACUUACCAAAAUCACCAGUUUAGUGGUAGAAUGCAACAUUGACUUUCGCAACAAACAUCCCAACUUUCCCGUAUAUUGAAUAUUCAUCAGAGUCUGCUUUUCUUUACAUUUUCCAAGCAUCCUAUAGUUCUCGUUUAUAUAGCACCUCUCAGUCACGACCCUUUGUGCUUUAACUAUUGCACCAAAAAUUUACCAGUUGGGUUAGUAACUUAGCUAGUAAAUGCUGUCACUUCAAGACGUGAUGUGUUCCCGAUCAGGCCUUUUUGUCAUGUAGUACAUGUACUUGUAUUUAUGUUGUAGGAUCAUAUUUGCCAAAAACAGACUAGAAGCGUCAUGGAUCCCUGUUAGCAAAGCCUGCAGCUGAGCUUGAGUAGUGUUGUGGAAGUUACACUUGCUACUUAUUACCCGAAUGCGUAAUGGCUCCAUCUAGUGAGACGUUAAUGUACUACAGGUGCACUUCAUGUUGUGAAUGCUUUUUCUCACGGUUGGAGUUCUUCAAUCAUGCCGAGAGAGUCCACUGUAAAGUACUGGUGUGUCAAGGUCAUGACCCGGAAGAGAACACUGAAACUGACAUUGUCAAUAACAUGGAUACAGACUUCCAGACGGCACCUAAAGCAGAAGAUCGUGUUGUGGAAAGAGUGGACAUCGACUAUGAAGCGGCAGCGUUGUUACAGCAUCAAACAGCGGAGAACACGUGUUUUACAGAAGAAGAAGAAGAAGAAGAAGAAGAAGAAGUUCCACCUGUCAUUCUGAAACUUGAAGUAAUAGAUGAUGAUCAUACCUAUAGUGAGAGUGCAGCAGGUACGUCUACGGGCGCAAACUAUGAAGAGACCGUGACUGAAUGCUAUGAGCAGAGUGAAUAUCAAAUUCAGGCGGAUAACACCGACGAGGUAAUCUUGGUUCUCAAACCCGGAACCGAUGACACAUAUUUCGAUCGGUGUCCGCAGUUCACGCCAGCUGCAGAGAUGCAGAAUCUUGUUGACAGCGAAGUGCCAUAUGACUGUGCCUCAACUUCUAGAGGCAAUGAUCUCCCUACGACGACGGCGCAAGAAAUACGCCAUCCCGAAGCUGCAACCGGCGACCAUGACAAUUUACGGCGGAAAAUCACUGCGGCUGCUCGUCCGUCUACAAAGAUGCGCGUCAGACCGCAGACGUGGGAAUCGGAAAGCAGUGGUAGGCGCAAUCUAGGGUUGUGCACGAGUGGUAUGCUUGCAUCGUCAUCUUCUGGUUCUGAUCGCAGACUCACGGUGCGAAGGCCGUGGAAACCAAAGGUAGCAACGGUGGAGAAUCAGAACCGUGCGGUGGCAUGCCCCUUCUGUCCGAAGGUUCUCAAAUUCAAAUACCUGAUGAAACACAUGCAAAUUCACACGGGCGAAAAGCCGUACAAGUGCACACUGUGUUCGUCCGCAUUCACACAGUAUUCAAGCCUGGCAUGUCAUCGAAGAAUUCACACGGGAGAGAAGCCAUAUGUGUGUAGGUGUGGGAGAGCGUUUAACGUCUCGAGUAAUUUAAGGAGGCAUCAACGACUUGCCUGCAAGCGACCUCAAGUUCCUCAAGAGAUCGUUUUAAUCUAGUAUGUUUUCUGAUCGAUUUUAGUCAUUUGCAUGCAUCCUUAAUUUUCAAGCAUUGUAAUUAAUAUCUAUGGAAAAAACAGAAAUAACCAGUUUUCUGUGCCAUUGGAAUAGAAAUGAUUUAGGACCUACCUUUGUGUAUUUUGUAUUAGUAUAAUAUAUAUUGUAUUAGUAUUGUGUAUGUAUUAAUAGCAUCUAAGCUACUAUAAAUAAACUACAAAUAUAUGCAGAAUA